AUGAAUCUUUGCAGUCUUCUGAAACAAUAUAUCUGGGACUCUUCCCACAAAGCGAUCAAGGAAGAGGUAUUCGAUCCAAGAGUACACCUCAACUACACUCCACCUUCAAGGAAAUUUACAAUGCAAGACUUGCUUCUAAAACAAAGUCCAACCGCAUCGCCCAUUGCAGCAACAGUGCCAUUUCCAUUGUUGUCGGCUGAAGGUGUCAAAGCCUACCGAAGGGCCCUAUUUCAAAAAGAAGUCAUAGACAAAUGCUCCAGCUCGCCAUUCCCGGGGACUUUGGUCCUUCGUAAUGCUGUGAAACAGUCAAAGUUUGUCAAUGACUUCUGGACGCAUCCCGAAACAAUGAGGAUUGUGUCUGAAGCAGUCGGUGUACCUCUGGAGGUGGUGAUGCCAACGGAAAUAGGACACACUAACAUUCAAGUCGGAGGCGCUACCAUCGCAGAAAUGGCCAGUAAACUCAAAGUUGAGCCGAUGGUAGAAAGGCUCGAGUUGAGUCCCGAAGACCGAACUUAUAACCCUUUGAAGGAUGCCAGUGCUAUCAUUCCAUGGCACUACGACUCAUACCCUUAUGUUUGUGUACUAAUGCUGAGCAAUACUGAGGGUAUGAUCGGAGGUGAGACAUAUAUUAAAAAGGGAGACGGGGAGGCACAGAAGGUUGAGGGCCCUCAACUUGGUCAUGCUGUCAUGCUCCAAGGAGGUGAAGUCUGUCAUCUGGCUGCCCGGGCGAAAGGUGUGAAGGAGCGGAUAUCGACCAUCACUUCAUACCGUUCUACAGUGCCAAAUGUGUAUGACUCCAGCUAUAUUACCAAUGUCCGGCCUUAUGCGGAUACAAACUCUCUCUAUCCUGAAUGGACACAAUACCGUUUGCGAAAAUUGAGAGAUGAACUUACUCAUUAUCUCGACAAGACGGAGGAAGAAGACCCCGCCCAAGAAAGAGAGGGCAUACAAAAUCUUAUAGAUCAGCAGAUUGAUUAUUUGCGACGAACCUCUCGACAGAUGGUUGACCCUGAGUAUACUCAGCGCAUCCUGAGGAAGUAUGGCAGGCCAGCAUACUAUGAUGCACCUAGAAUUUGGGAGACUGUUCAAUCACUACCUGAAUUCGAGAGACUUGCAUCAGCCGCAGAUGAGCAACGACAUUGGCAGCCGGGAAGUAUAUAUUGGACAGACCUCCUGAGGUCCACUGAAACAAUUCGGUUGGGAAAACCUCUUCAAAGUACUCUUGGGACUGCUGUGCGGGAGAAGACGGGGAAUUACUACAUGGGAGAUGAACUUCUGCGACAGGGACUCAAUGAGAUGUUCUUGGAUUGGUUGGGAUACUCGGGUAUCUGGGAAAUUUACUGCAGCAUGUGA